CUCAUCCAUUUCCACUCACUACCACCCCACUCUCCUCACGCCUUCUUUUUUUUCCUUUUUCAAGCAAAUCUCAAUCUAAAUCCAUAAAACCUAUACAUACAAAUUCAUAUUUAUACGUAUCGUCUUCCAUUGAUCUAGGGUUUCACUGUUGUUUGUAUCGAUUGGCACUAAUUGAGGACGGAGGAAUUCGAGAUCCGAGACAAGGACGGAGGAAUUCGUUUGUUAGACGGAGAUUUCGAACUGAUCGCUCUCUCUUCACUGUUGCCACUCAGUGCGGAGAGGUUUCUGUGAAAUGGCGUCGAAUGAGGGAUUUCUGACUGAAGGACAGAGGGAGAUGUUGAAAACUGCACCGCUGAAUGUGGAUGUUUUGUCAUCUUCUCCCAAGUCUCCUACUCUGAAGUCUCCAGGUGCUGCUGCUGCUAAGUCUUCGUCUGUACUUUUGGCGGAACAUCACGUCAAGGCACCAGGCGGUGGAAAGGCAACCACGGCUGGGAUUGCUGUGAGACAUGUACGAAGGACGCACUCAGGGAAGCAUAUUCGUGUUAAGAAGGAUGGAGCCGGCGGUAAAGGUACCUGGGGAAGAUGGUUAGAUACUGAUGGUGAAUCUCAUAUCGAUAAGAAUGAUCCCAACUAUGAUAGUGGUGAGGAGCCGUAUGAGCUUGUUGGAACUGCUGUCUCUGAUCCAUUAGACCACUACAAGAAAUCUGUAGCAUCAAUUAUUGAGGAAUACUUCAGCACUGGUGACGUUGAAGUGGCUACGUCUGAUCUCAAGGAAUUAGGUUCAACUGAGUAUCACCCAUAUUUUAUUAAGAGGCUUGUUUCUAUGUCAAUGGAUAGGCAUGAUAAGGAGAAGGAAAUGGCUUCUGUUCUUCUUUCUGCACUUUAUGCUGAUGUUAUCAACCCUACCCAGAUUAGUCGGGGAUUUUUCAUGCUUGUGGAGUCUGCUGAUGACUUGGCAGUGGACAUACCAGAUACUGUUGAUAUCCUCGCUUUGUUUAUCGCACGGGCUGUGGUCGAUGACAUUCUUCCACCUGCUUUUAUCGCAAGAGCCAGAAAAAUGCUUCCAGAAUCCUCCAAGGGGAUACAGGUGCUGCAAACUGCUGAGAAGAGCUAUCUCUCAGCACCACACCAUGCAGAACUUGUUGAGAGGCGCUGGGGUGGCAGCACCCAUUUCACUGUUGAGGAAGUCAAGAAAAGAAUUGCUGAUCUAUUGAGGGAGUAUGUUGAGAGUGGAGACACUGCUGAGGCCUGUAGAUGCAUAAGAAAAUUGGAAGUUUCUUUUUUCUAUCAUGAAGUUGUCAAGAGAGCUUUAGUUUUAGCCAUGGAGAUGCAGUCUGCUGAACCACUUAUUCUGAAACUUUUAAAGGAGGCCGCAGAAGAGGGUCUUAUAAGUUCCAGUCAAAUGGUGAAGGGCUUUUCUAGGAUGGCUGAGAGUAUCGAUGAUCUUUCUCUGGAUAUUCCUUCUGCAAAAACGUCAUUCCAGUCAGUUGUUCCUCGGGCAAUCUCUGAGGGAUGGCUUGAUGCAUCUUUCCUGAAAGCCUUAGGUGAAGAUGGGCAAGCAAAUGGUCCAGACGAUGAAAAAGUGAAGCACUACAAAAAACAGAUAGUUAAUAUAAUCCAUGAAUAUUUCCUCUCAGAUGACAUUCCGGAGCUAAUCCGGAGUUUGGAAGAUUUUGGGGCACCAGAGUAUAAUCCCAUUUUCCUGAAGAAGCUAAUUACCCUUGCCAUGGACAGGAAAAACAAGGAGAAGGAAAUGGCAUCUGUUUUGCUUUCUGCACUUCAUAUUGAGAUUUUUUCUACUGAAGACAUAGUCAAUGGAUUUGUGAUGCUACUGGAAUCCGCAGAAGAUACAGCACUGGACAUUUUAGAUGCUUCCAAUGAACUAGCUCUUUUCCUUGCUAGGGCUGUAAUAGAUGAUGUCCUUGCUCCACUGAAUUUGGAGGAGAUAACGAACAGGUUGCCACCAAAUUGCAGCAGCGGUGCUGAGACUGUCUGCAUGGCUCAAUCACUUCUAUCCGCACGCCAUGCUGGAGAGAGGAUCCUAAGAUGUUGGGGUGGUGGGACUGGCUGGGCUGUGGAGGAUGCAAAGGAUAAAAUUCAAAAGCUUCUUGAGGAAUUUGAAAGUGGUGGUGUUAUCAGUGAAGCUUGCCAAUGCAUACGAGAUAUUGGGAUGCCAUUCUUCAAUCAUGAGGUAGUGAAGAAAGCUUUGGUUAUGGCAAUGGAGAAGAAGAAUGAUAGGAUGCUGGAUUUGCUGCAAGAGUGCUUUAAUGAGGGGCUUAUCACCAUAAACCAGAUGACUAAAGGCUUUGGGAGGAUCAAGGAUGGGCUUGAUGAUCUGGCUCUUGACAUUCCCAAUGCAAAGGAUAAAUUUGCGUUUUAUGUGGAGCACGCCAAAGGAAGAGGCUGGCUGUUACCUUCCUUUGGGUUACCAGAUGCAUCUUGAUAAGUAGAUUCAUAUACAUUAGAUCAUUUCAUCUGUGUAUGUUGUUCGUUAUUGUCUUCCCUUAGUGUAGCUCGUACCCUUUACUUGGGAGUAGAUGGACAGUGACUUUCCAAUCCUCUCAGAUUUCUCUUUCAUUAGUAGUUUUUAAAUGAUGGAUGUUGAUGUAAAAGUUGGGGCUCUGGUGUUCCUCUCCUGUAGUGAACACAAACUGCAUUACCUUAAUCUUUACUAUUUUCCAGAAUGAUGUUUGUACAGAUAAUUUACAUAAUUCUGUGCUUGCUGAAGUUUUUUUUUUUU